AGGAACGGGAGAAUGCGGCCAGCGAAGAGAGCCACAAAGGUCUCUCCCUCUCCUCCACUGGCCAGGGAAGCUGGAGCGGCGCCCCGAACCACCCUCUGGCAGCACGGGCUGAGGGGACACAAUGAGGAGCUGCACCCAAGCCGGCCUUGAGAAGAAGGCAGAGGGAGACGAGCCCCUGGGGCGGCCGGAGGUGAAGAACAGAACCAGCUGAGGAAGGACACGGGACGCCACGCUCACCGGGGUCUGCACUGAGCAGGCACCUUCCGGGAACAGAGAGGGGCCACUUGGCGGCUCCCUGAUGCCGCAUCUGAGAGGGAGCCGGGCCAGCGAGGCCACGAGGGCCCCAGGGCCUUUGGGCUCAGAUAGACAGAAAUCUAUCCCAAAAAUUCUGUAGCCACUGGAGAGAGAGCUCACAGGGAAGACGCAGAAAGAACACCCCCAAAGGCCCGGGCUCGGGGGGGACGUCGGCCAGGAGGGGGAGGGUCCCCAAGGCCCACAGAGGCCAGAGCCAGACCAGAGGGCAGCAUGUUGGCACCACACGCCAGAGGAUCAGUCUCAGGGUACUGUGUCCACUGGGCUUCACUUUCCCGCUAAGGAAAAUGACCCUUGGACUCCUAGAAAGGAAAGACUAUAAAUGAAAAGACCCAAAGCUCUACCUUUUGCAUAGACAGGGAAACUGAGGAAGGAUCAUGUAGCUAGUAAGGGUCCCUCAGACUCAUUGGUCUGAUGCACUCUCUGGGCACCCAGGAGUCGCAGGGAACAUGAGGAAAGGAAGGGCACAGUCAAUGGCUGCUACUCAGCAGGAGCAAGAGUCCUCACAGCCAAAGACAAGCGCUCUCUCCCCGAAACUCCUUAGAUGAAGCUGCUCAAGCAGACCCUCGGCACGCUCCAGACGCAGACAGCUGAGCGAGCGCUUUGUGCCCUCGAGGCCAAGGCCCAGAGCUCCGGCGGAAGGCGGGGCGCUCAGCACAAGGAAGCCAAUGAACACGCAGCCACCCAGGCAAGACAACGAGCGACCUGAGCGGCGCCCGAGCGGGCCAACGCAGCGCCCUGCAGCCCCACUCCUCCACAAAUGGCUCCGCCCGGCAAGACCUCACCAGGGUCAAGCCCCCAGUGGCCGGCUGUGCCAAGUCCGGCCGCACCGUCAGGGCACAGAGGCCAGAGAAUGCCCAACAUGUCGGCGGGGAGCCUUCUGGGCCAGAGCCUGGGCUGACAGCCCUCAGGAGGCCGCUGGGGCUGCUCCCCGCUACAUUGUCGCUGCAUCGUGGCUGUGUCCUGGCUACAUUGUUGCAGAGGAGAUGCCUCGGUCACAUGGAGACACAGGCAACAGACACAAAGUAACCCAAGGCAGCCCACAGCCCCUCCCUUCUCUCUACCCUGAGGGAGAAAGCCUUGGGACUCGCUCAGUGCCGGAAAUGAGGUCACAGACAGGUCCCGGCUCUUCCCUGCCUCCCAUUCCCGCCUGUCAGGGUGCAGGAAAUGCCCGGAGCACCGCCCCUUCUCCUGCCCACCCACAGCUGCCCUCAGCGCCGCAAGCACCCUCUUGCUUUGUCUUUUAUUUCUGGGGCCCGGCCUCUUGCCCCCCAGCUCUGUUAUUUCUGGGACGCGGCCCCCGUCUCCGUUAUUUCUGUGGCGCGGCCUCUUGCCCCCCGUCUCCGUUAUUUCUGGGGCGCGGCCUCUUGUCCCCCGUCUCCGUUAUUUCUGGGACGUGGCCCCCGUCUCCGUUAUUUCUGGGGCGCAGCCUCUUGCCCCCCCGUCUCCGUUAUUUCUGGGGCGCGGCCUCUUGUCCCCCGUCUCUGUUAUUUCUGGGACACGGCCCCCAUCUCCGUUAUUUCUGGGGCGCAGCCUCUUGCCCCCCGUCUCCGUUAUUUCUGGGGCGCGGCCUCUUGCCCCCCGUCUCCGUUAUUUCUGGGACGCGGCCCCCAUCUCCGUUAUUUCUGGGGCGCAGCCUCUUGCCCCCCGUCUCCGUUAUUUCUGGGACGCGGCCCCCAUCUCCGUUAUUUCUGGGGCGCAGCCUCUUGCCCCCCGUCUCCGUUAUUUCUGGGGCGCGGCCUCUUGCCCCCCGUCUCCGUUAUUUCUGGGACGCGGCCCCCAUCUCCGUUAUUUCUGGGGCGCAGCCUCUUGCCCCCUGUCUCCGUUAUUUCUGGGGCGCGGCCUCUUGCCCCCCCGUCUCCGUUAUUUCUGGGGUGCAGCCUCUUGCCCCCCGUCUCCGUUAUUUCUGGGGUGCAGCCUCUUGCCCCCCGUCUCCGUUAUUUCUGAGGCGCGGCCUCUUGCCCCCCGUCUCCGUUAUUUCUGAGGCGCGGCCUCUUGUCCCCCGUCUCCGUUAUUUCUGGGGCGCAGCCUCUUGCCCCCCCCGUCUCCGUUAUUUCUGGGGUGCAGCCUCUUGCCCCCUGUCUCCGUUAUUUCUGAGGUGCGGCCUCUUGUCCCCCGUCUCCGUUAUUUCUGGGAUGCGGCCCCCAUCUCCGUUAUUUCUGGGGCGCGGCCUCUUGUCCCCCGUCUCCGUUAUUUCUGGGGCGCAGCCCCCAUCUCCGUUAUUUCUGAGGCGCGGCCUCUUGUCCCCCGUCUCCGUUAUUUCUGGGGCGCGGCCUCUUGUCCCCCGUCUCCGUUAUUUCUGGGGCGCGGCCUCUUGCCCCCCCCGUCUCCGUUAUUUCUGGGGUGCAGCCUCUUGCCCCCUGUCUCCGUUAUUUCUGAGGUGCGGCCUCUUGUCCCCCGUCUCCGUUAUUUCUGGGAUGCGGCCCCCAUCUCCGUUAUUUCUGGGGCGCGGCCUCUUGUCCCCCGUCUCCGUUAUUUCUGGGACGCAGCCCCCAUCUCCGUUAUUUCUGAGGCGCGGCCUCUUGUCCCCCGUCUCCGUUAUUUCUGGGGCGCGGCCUCUUGCCCCCCGUCUCCGUUAUUUCUGGGACGCGGCAGUCUCCCAUCCACACAGACACCGCCACAGAUCCAGCUGCCAGCCCCUUCUUUUCUCUUCCUUUCAUCUCCACCAGCGCCUGGAAGGCAGCUGCUUUCAUGGGGCCUUGCUCCCUUCCCCCUCACCACCACCAUGGGUAUGUGACCAUCUCUUCUCUCUCUUCAAAUUCUCAGAGAACACCCCCAUCCUUAACACCUCAGCAUUUCUCGUCCCCUCCGGAGACAACAAGGCUCGUGCAGGACAUUUGUCCCCUCCAUUGGACAGCCAGCAUCUGACCACCUUGGAACUCUUCUAAUUGCUCAGACGAGCCUAAACACUCAAACCCUUCAGGGUUUCCUUCGCCUCUCGUGUCCUCGUUGGCAAUGUCUGAAAGGUCCUUCCUUCCAUUAAGGAUCCAUGUCCCCGCUGGCCCCGACUUCUGCGCCUUUGUACGCCCACUACUUUGGAGACCAUUCCGAGAUCUCCUCUCUCAGAUCGCCGAAGCUGCUGAGUCUGGCGUGAUCCUGACUGCAGCUCCCCAGUGCUCCAGCUGAUUUCUGGACACUUUCUUUCCUAGGUCCCAGAACUUCCAUUCUGGGGCUCCCCUUAGAUGAUCAGUGAGUUCCCUUGAUCUUUACAAAAGAGGGAAAACCCUCUGCCCCUAAAUGCUCUGAAGAGUUCACUUAUUUUGAAGAAGGUCACGCUCAGGUUUUUUACCUCAGCAUGGAUUUCAGGGACUCCGAUCAUUCUCAGAUUAUCUCCUUUUUGGACCGUUGUCAGUUGUGUGGGGGCGUUUUUAAAUCGGCUUAGAUUUUCCUCUAUUUUGCCCAUCUUUUGGUUUUGCUCUAACAUUUCUUGCUGCUUCGUGGGGUGAUUUCUAUGGGGUACAGUCUAGCAUUAGUUCUGAAGGCUCUUCUUUGGGGAAGGUUUGUCUUUCUCUUCUGAUCCUUUUCUCAAGAGUUUUUAUUUCACUUUCAUUCCUCUAGGGAUUCAUGGACUCUUCAUGGAAAACCUACUGUUUCUUCUCCAUUUCUGUUGGCAAAUGUUAUGGAGUCAAUUGAGCCUUUCAAGAGUGACAUCAUAUAGAGACCACUGGGCAUCUUCUUUGGUCCCAAAUGGGGCUCUGUCUCCCUGGCUCCCGUGGAGGGAGAGGAUCAGCUCUCCCCAGAGUCUGCAGACAGUGUCGGGCUCCCGAGCUCCAAAGCCUGAUGGGGCAGGAUCGGAGAUCUUCUAGGCCCUGCAGGUUCCUGAAGCUUCCCCACUCCCCACCCCAGGGCUCUUGGGAGCAGCUCAGCUCCGUCAGCUUAGAGGGGCAAAGCUAUCUUGCCGCCUGGGGACUUUGCAGUAGUUCUUUCUGCAGUUCUGAGAAGAAAUCACUGAGGUUUUUUGCCCCCGCGGGCCGCACAGACAGCUACUGCAGCCCGCCAAUGCAAGGGCUCCAAGUCCUAGGAAACAAGGGCCUAGAAAACCCCAUGCUGACACCGCCCAGGCACUAGUAUAUUUUUAUUUAUUCUGUUAACUCAUUUCCAUCAGGUUCCAUGUCUGCCUCCCUUUUCCCCAGCCAUGAUACGACCAUGACCACAGGGCACUCCCUGAGAGACUGGAGAGAGACGGUGACAGAGCCCU